AUGGGUUCGAGCAAACCGCUGCCACUUGCAUGGAGCAGCUACCGUGUCUCUGCACAGUUUCGUUGGACGAUCUCUUUACAAGUCCUCUUCCAGACAAGCGAUAUGCUUGUGACUCCAAGCCUGACGAGCUUUCGGAGUGCCAUCGCUCUUUGCGCAAAGAACUUGGUGUGGCCAAAGUCUGCUGCCUUGCUCGGUUCCUUCGGAGACAUCGACAGCUUCAAUGCCUUGAUGCAUGCCCAGGGCAGAUGCGACAUGUGGCAGCAGGCGCACACAACGUUCUCUUCUCUGGCGCGUAAGAAGGUAAGGCCGGACCUGAUUACUUUCAACACUCUCAUGGCAUCUGCCCGCAACUGGUGCAGCACACUUCGCAUACUUGGCUCCUGCCUGGGACUACGGAUGUCUGGGGACAUCGUGACAUUCAGCACAGCCAUCAGUGCCUAUGGUGAUGCAGCAUCCUGGCAAUCUGCCGUAUCCAUGUUCUACCGACACGGCACACGCAGCGCCGUGGCUUGCAGUGCUGUUGUUAAGGCCUUUCGAGCUUCUGGCCAGUGGUUGCAUGCCCUCGCUGUCGGCGGAAAGUUCCUUGGACGCGACCGUGGUGUUACCAAUGCGUGCAUGGGUGCAUGUCAGCGUGGUCUUUGGCAAGCUUCGCUGACUUUGCUCCAAAGCAUCAGGAAACCCGGGCACAUAAGCUACACCACCGCCUUGAGUGCCUGUGAAGCGGCUUACGAGUGGGAGGUCGGGCUGCACCUCUUGCAAGGCAUUCGCAAGGCAAGCGUUCUGCCAGAUGUGGGUUGUGCAAAUGCAGCCAUGGGGGCAACUGCAACGUGUUCCAAGUGGGAGAUUGUCGAUCUCUUGCACCAAGACAUGACUGGUAAGGUCUUGGCACCAGACUUUCGGACAGCAGCAGUAGUACUGCAUUCAGUUGCCAGCUCGGGGCACUGGAGGCAAGCGACUCAAAGGCUAAUGCCCCGCCAUCCCAACUUUGGUCAGGUACACUGCAACUGCGUGCUGUCUGCAUGCGAAAUAGGUGCCUGCUGGCAAGAUGCCUUGCAGCUCACACGCGCCGUUCCGCUCUUACGUUUGGAAUUGGAGGGUAUCGGGCUCAAUUCUGCGAUGAGUGGAUGUGCAGCAUCCAGGACUUGGCAGUGGGUGUUGCGGCUGGUUCAGCUUUCCAUGGAUCGUGGUCUUCGCAGCCCGUGCAUCUACACGAUGGCGCUUGGCAGCACCGCACAAGCUGCACAAUGGCAGCUGUUCUGCAGCUUCACGGAGUUGCUGGACAGCCGCCUUUUGAUGCUGACCAAGUCAGCUAGCUAG